AUGUCACCACCUAAAACUUCUGGCAAAAAUUUGGAAUCCGAAAGUACGUUACAGGCCGUCAUUCUUGCUGAUAGCUUUAAUGAACGAUUCCGUCCCAUAACCCUUGAUAGGCCACGAUGUCUUUUACCACUUUGCAACACACCACUCAUUGAAUAUACCUUAGAACUUCUUGCUGUUGCUGGUGUACAAGAAGCUUAUUUAUUUUGUAGAGAACACUCUGAAAUAAUAAAAGAUUAUAUCAAAAAGUCAAAAUGGAGUCGAUCAUAUUCUCCAAUAAAAAUAAUUACUAUCAUAACGCCUGAAGCGCGUUCAGUUGGUGAUGCACUGCGAGAAUUAGAUGCGAAACAGUUAAUUAGUUCCGAUUUUAUUCUCAUAUACGGCGAUGUUGUAUCAAACAUACAUUUAAACAAAGUAUUGGAUGCUCACAGAACUCGAAAAUCUGUUGAUAAUAAUACAAUAAUGACUAUGGUAGUUAAAGAAGCAAGUCCUUUUCACAGGACAAGAUCUUUAGGUGAAUCACCAAUUUUCGUAAUAGAUGGGAAAACUAAUGAAUGCGUUCAUUGUGAAUCCGUGGAGCUCUAUCCGCGUAAACGUCGCAUGGUUAUGGAUAUGGAAGUAUUCAAAAAGCAUACCGAUGUUCAAAUACGCAAUGAUCUUAUAGAUUGCCAGGUUGAUAUAUGCUCAGUAGAGGUACUAGCUUUAUUCACAGAGAAUUUUGAUUAUCAAGAUAUUCGAAAAGAUUUUGUUUAUGGUAUUUUGACAUCUGAUUUAUUGGGGAAAACCAUUUAUUGCCAUCUUGUUAAAGAUGUUUAUGCUGCAAGAGUACGAAAUUUGUAUACAUACGAUGCCAUCAGUAAAGAUGUAUUAUCUCGAUGGACUUAUCCUAUUGUCCCAGACAAUAAUCUUCAAGAAGGAGAUAACUAUGAGUUUAUGCGUGGGCAUAUUUAUAAAGAGAAAGAUGUUUCAUUAUCAAGAUCCUGCUCACUUGGUGAGAAGGUAUUGAUCGGUGCCGGUACAGAGAUUACAGAAAAUGUUAAGAUAACAAAUUCUGUCAUCGGUCGAAGAGUUACGAUAGGUCCAAACGUUGAAAUAGAUGGUGCUUAUAUUUGGGAUGACGUAAAAAUCAAAUCAAAUUGUUCUGUUGUCCAAUCGAUACUGGCGAAUAACGUUGUCCUGGAAGAGAAUGUAAUCGUUAAAAAAGGAUGCAUACUUUCUUAUGGUGAAGAGUCAAAUGAAAAUGCUUAUGACGCUACAUUGGUUGGUGAAAAUGGGCAAGGAUAUGUUUGGAGUGAUGAGAUAUCAGAUGCAGAUGAUGAACUUGAUGCGAAAAAUAUUCAAGUUGCGGGGCUUGCGCAUGAUAUCUCCAAUAUAUCUCUUACUGAUA